CACUGAUUGAGGAAAAUGGAAGAUUACAAAAAGGGUUUUUGCCUUCUUUGCGUUCUAGUCUUUGUAAGCAUUUCAGAGAUUCAUAGAGUGGAGGGUGCAGGGGAAUGUGGGAGGUCUACUACUCCAGAUAAUGAAGCACUGAAGCUUAUUCCUUGUGCCUCUGCAGCACAAGAUGAAAAUGCUAAAGUUUCUCAGAGUUGCUGUGCUCAGGUCCAGAAACUUGGCAAGAACCCUAGUUGUCUGUGUGCUGUUAUGCUUUCCAACACAGCCAAGUUAUCUGGAGCUGACCCUAAGGUUGCCAUAACCAUCCCAAAACGCUGCAACCUUCCUAAUCGCCCUGUUGGUUACAAGUGUGGACAUGGUUCACGAACCUGUCUGUGGUUUGUCCUUCUUAUGUUCUUUGCGUGAUUCGUGAAUGCAUGUUUUAUGCACAUGCGAAAGGCGUUUAAAUUGAUGGAUGAGAAGGAAAGAGGGAUAUGGAGAUGUGUGGUAAAGAGUUCAUUUGAUUGAUGUGUAAUGUGAGUUGCUUUUCUUGUGCAACUAAAAGCAUUUAUGGAAUAUUUUUGGAUUGUUCCAGUUACGGUAACAUCUAUUCACGUCACUCUGCAGAAAUAGUGACCCUUAAGAUGUAAACCAUUGAUGAGUGAUGAUGAACAAGUUUCAAAACGCGGUUAUCAAGUUCGCUCCAAAAGUUGUUCUGCAUAUCAAAUUACUUUAAAGAAUGUUCUGUAGCAAUGAUGAAAAGACAACAAAUCAUGUACAACCUAUUUUCCUUGAACAAGAAUGAUAGAACAGAAAGAACCUAGUAAGACACUGAUAACAUGUAACUGUUCUUAGAGCCUUGUUUAGAGAGCUAUUACCCAACAGAAAUCAUAGACAUUUGUACUUAGUGGUAAUUACUCUACUAGACUUUUUGACCCAAUCAUGUAGCUUAAUAACUAUACAAGUGCAGUCAGCAUGGUAACUAUAUUUCGAAGA